AUGAGUCAAUCACUGUCUGUGACUCCGUGUUUUGACGGAAGCAACUAUGCCUACUGGAAGAUGAGCAUACAAAAUGGUUGGAAACCUCCUUCUACAACUGUGUCAGAUGUUGUCAAUCUAAUUGAUAUUUCACUUUGGACUAAGGAAGAAUUAGCUGAUUGCAAUUGGAAUAGCAAAGGACUUCAUGCCUUGUUUAUGUCCGUGUUUCCCGAAGAAUUUAGGGGAGUAUCAAUGUGUGAAACUAUUAAAGAGGUAUGGGACAUUCUAGAGACUACGCAUGAGGGAACUAAAACUGUAAAAAAUUCAAAAUUGCAAAUGCUAACCUCAAGAUUUGAAGAAAUCAGGAUGAAGGAUGAUGAAUCUUUUGAUGAGUUCUAUGUCAAAUUGAAUGACAUUGUUAACUCUAGUUUCAACCUAGGUGAGAGGAUUCCCGAGCCCAAAAUUGUGAGGAAGGUUCUUAGAUCCUUGCCCAAGAGAUUUAGACCUAAAAUUACAGCUAUUGAAGAAAGCAAGGAUUUGGAUACAAUUAAGAUGAAAAACAAGUCCAUAGCCCUAAACACUGUUAGGGAAGGGGAGUCUGAGUCAUCUGACAUGGAAACUCUUAGAGAUGAGGAGAUUGCCUACUUUGUGAAAAAAUUCCAAAAAGCCUUAAAGGGCAAAAAAUGGCCUCAAGAGAAAAUGAGAGAAGCCUCUAGUAAAUUGCAAAGAGAGAAUGAUGAUAAAUCAAUUGCUGGGAACCCUGGUAAGAAAUCUCAAGGGGUUAGGUGUCAUGAGUGUCAAGGAUUUGGGCACUAUAGAAAUGAAUGUCCUAGCUUUAAGAAAAAUUUAAAGAAGGGGAGUAGGAAGGCAUUAACUGUGUUCUUGACUGAUAAUGAUUCUAAUUUGAGUGAGCAAAGUGAUUCUUCAAGCAGUGAGGAGGAAAAGGGCUAUAUGGCUUUUGUAUCUAUUGUCAAGAGCGAGUCAGACAAGGAGAGUGAGAAGGUUGAGGAGGAAGGAAAGAGUAACAAGUCUGGUGAUGAUUCGGAGGAUGAGACGAAUAUACAUGAGACUUAUCAACUUCUGUUUAAGGAAAGUCUCAAGAUCAGAAAGGUAAAUAAAGCCCUAUUUAAGAAGGUAGACGAGCUUGAGAGAGAGAAGGAGAAAAUCACCUAUGAUCUUCAAGUCUCAUCUAAGAAUCUCAGUGAGUUGAAGUGUGUCAAUGAGAAAUUAGAAGACAGGGUCAAGACAUUGACCUGUGAAUUAGAGAAAUCCAACGCUCAACUACAAUCAUUUGUGAGUGGAACUAAGAAACUAGAUGAUCUGUUAGGGAUGAACAAACCAGCUGGAAAUAGGCAAGGUCUAGGAUUUGAGAAGAGUGAUAGCAAUGUGUCUAGUUUAUCAAAGAUCACAUUCGUCCUCGCUUCCAACAGAUCUAAUGUUUCAACAAAUCCAGAAUCUAAAGACAAAAAUUUUAAUAAACUGAAGGCCACUAGAGCUCAUAAGAUCUCUACACCUAAUUUUCAUAAUCAACACUCACGUACAUCUGAACCUAGGUUCAUACCCACUUGUCAUCACUGUGGUGCCUUAGGCCACACGAGACCUAGGUGUCGAAAACUAGCAAAUAGGAAUCGAAGUCAGGAUAUCCCUAGUCAAAUGAACUUCCUUUCAAAUCAGGUUAGCCACUUAACUGAGAUGGUAACAAGGUUGACUAAGAUCACCUCGACCUCGAGAAAAGUUUGGGUAAAGAAAUCUGAUGUGGGUGAAUAUACUGAGAAUCUAAAAUGUUUUGUUACUCAUUUUGCAUAUAAGACACAUAAUACAUGCAUGUGGUAUCUUGAUAGUGCUUGUUCUAGACACAUGUGUGGUAACAAGGCCUUAUUCUCUACCUUUAAUGACUGCAAUGGCGGUGUAGUUACCUUUGGGAACGGAGCUACAGCACCCAUCCAAGGUAAAGGCUCCAUCACCAUUGCUGGACUUCCUACAAUAUCCAAUGUACUUUAUGUAGAGGGCCUUAAGUCCAACUUAUUGAGCAUUAGUCAAAUCUGUGAUGCUGACUAUGAAGUGAGUUUUGUCCAAAAGAGAUGCACUGUUUAUGACGCUUCUGGUGGUGUUGUUCUUGAAGGUGUUAGAACAUCUGAUAACUGUUAUGGAGUUCUUCCAAACUCGAACUAUGUAUGCAAUAGUGCUAAAAUUGAUAAGUCUGAACUUUGGCAUCAAAGACUCGGUCAUGUUAACUACAAAGGUCUAUCUAAAUUGGUCAAAAAGAAGAUUGUCGAUUGUUUACCUAAGAUUGAUCAAAGUGAGAAUGCUAUCCGAAAGGAUUCAUUGACCCUAAGUUUUCCUCAUUAUGUCUACAAACUCAAUAAAGUACUGUAUGGUUUGAAACAAGCUCCUAGAGCUUGGUAUGACAGACUCACCACUUACCUCAUUGACCAUGGGUUCUCACGAGAUGAAUUUGAAAUGAGCAUGGUUGGGGAGCUAAGUUACUUCCUUGGUCUUCAAGUAAAGCAAACUGAUUGUGGGCUGUUUAUCUCUCAAUCAAAAUAUGCCAAAGACCUUGUGAAGAGAUUUGAUUUGGACAGUAAGAAACACACAAGGACACCCAUGAGCACAAAUGUUAAGUUAGGACAUGAUCCUACAAGUAAGAGUGUCGAUUAG